CACAGUUUUCCCUCAACUCAUUCCUAGAAUUUUUGCUCCAUCGUCCCAACUUGUCAUCUACACAUUGGGUUUCUCCUCACUAUGAGGACUACAACAGCCUCUUUCCUCCUUACUUUGGGUCUGUCUUCUUUGAUCGCAGCUGAGGUGCCGACCUUUACCCUCGGAGACCCAAAUUCGUAUCUAGGCAACAUCGACCGAACCGAUGUUGGCGGGAACGAUAUCAUUGUCAGUACGGACAAUGGAGUCACCAUUACAUUCGGAAGGGACCUGUCGAAGAAGAUCGUGGACGUCGCAUCCAAUCAGUGUAAAAGCCGUGGCUCUCCUGAUUGUUUGAAACAGACGCUUGACGUGAUGGGCGUUGGUAACGCGGCCAAUGGUCUUCAGAAGAGGGUCAUCCCUGUGCUAGCAGCCGGCGUCGGUGUUGCUAUCGCCUACAUUGCUGGUGUCGUGUGGACGGCUGUAUAUCUGAACAAUGAGUCAAAAAAUUAUAAUGUCGUGGAGUUGAAGAUACCACAGUCACAGGUGGAUGAAGUAUCCAAAUGGAAACUCGAUGAGGAUAAAUUCAAUUUCAAGGAUACCUCAGGUGACACUUCGGUUGUCCAGAUCGAUACCAACCCCACACAGCUACAAACAAAGCCGACAAUCGAGACGCAGUCAAACGGAGACAUCAAAGCUACUUUCCCUGGCAUUGUGGAUGACCUCAAGGACAUGUGGAGCAAGAUUAAAUGUACGCGAUCCCUCCAAAAACGUAUUACCCUACAAUGCCUGGUACAGUAUGCGCAGGCAUUCGCGCGCCUUGCUCAAGACGGUGGAAAUAAUGAAGGCAUCCAAGACGUUUCGCUAUUGGCAUUCCCGAAACCUAACAACAACCUUUAUGUAUCCGCUCUCGGAGAGGACUUCGAGUACACCGAGGAGCUAUACAUCGCCUCUCAACGGAAAACUGACGAAGUUCGAAAUAACAUCGCUACUAUUUCAACUUGGGUGGGAUUUGGGUAUGCAGUGGAGAACUUGGCCAUCUCAGCCUUGGGAGAAAUGGUUUUUCCGAAAAAAUUCCUUGAUUCAAUGCAGCUGCCUGAACUUCCUGUAGAUAAUUGCUGGGACGAGGACAGCAUGCCAUUCUGUACCAACUGUGGGGGAAACACAGAGAGCGAGAGCAGCGGGCAGACCGAGGGCAAGUGCAAGGGGUUUGAUGAUGGCAAUCCUGAUCAUACACCCCAGGCGGCAGGCUGUACAUGCCACGUAGACGAUCCAGGGACUGAACACCUGAUUGCUCCCGGCGAUCUCGAAGAUGCCAUCCAAUACCUCAUGACCCUUACUGAUGACACAGAUUCGUCUCCGCCCGCUGCGACCGAUGGUCCGCUUAAAUGCAACGGCCUCGACUCAAACAAAUACGUUGCCGCAAAUACGCUCGAUGACAAGAUUAUUGGCUUUUGUUCAGGCAUGCAAACCCAGGGUACCCAGGACAAGAAUACCGGUUCCUAUUCCCGAACCUUCAACUCUGGGACACGCGAUGAAGUUGAGCUAGCCGUCGACUGGCCUCCUGGUCAGACACUGAAUAUGUUGCCGUGCGCGGCAACAAUGAACGAGAUCUCUGCUGGUUGUGAUAAUCCUGCAGGCAACAACCCGCGGAACUGGAAAGGUGGCGGUAGCAAGCAAGUCGGCAUCGGGCUUUUCCACAUCAACCCAAAGGUGAUACGUUCGCCGCACCCAACUAAGUACUGUCCGGAUUCUCGCCCGACAGUACUGAAUCAACCUAAUGGUAGCCUUGAUCCGAAAAUGGUCAGGUGGCAGCAGAAUAAUAUAUGCGGAGACAUCUGCCCAGACGGAUACGACAAUGAGGGAGGUUCAGAUCCAACGAAAGCGCGUCUUGCUAUAUGCAAGCUUACGGACGCUGUUAAGAACUGUGCAAAGCCCUUCGCAGAUAGCACCGAACUCCCGUACUGUUGGAUUCCAGCGUCAUGAGGUCAAUCAUCCGCUUUGCUGAUCUGGACUCUGGUAUUAUAUAAAGUAAUGUGCACCCGCCUGGAGC